AUCAUUUUGUAUCGUUAUCUUCUCAAGUAUUGAUAUAACCCUAGCUCCGAACACCGCUUUCUUCUUUUUCUAAUCAUCUCAUUUUCUUCUCUCUCCAAACCCUAAUACCAAUUUUCCAUUUUCACUCCAACUUCGUUGUAUCAAUUUCUCUCCAUUCAUUUCCUUCUAGAUCUCAAACUCUUCCUUUUCUUUUUCUCGAUUAAAUCAAAUAAUACAAAAGCUUCGUUCUUUCUAUAACCGCUUCACCUUUUUGAAUUUCAGCGAUAUAUAAAACCCGAUUCAGUCCCAAUUUUGAUUUCAACCGACAACAACACAAGCGGCGAGGUUUGGAAUUUCCGAGAGUAGUGAAAAUCGCUGUUGACAAUGGUUGGCGGUGGAAGCAGAAGAGAUGAUGGGUCGUUGGUAAUUAACAACACCAACGUGUUUGCGGCGCUUGAUACUUUGAAGAAGAAAAAGAAAUCGGAUAAGGAGAGAAAGAAUAAGGGUUCCAAAUCCACCAAAUUGGAAUCUGAAUCGGAUUCAAAGGUGUUUUGGGCUCCGGCCCCAUUGAAUGCAUCUUCAUGGGCUGAUGUGGAUGAUGAUGAUGAUUAUUAUGCCACCACUGCACCGCCUCAAUCUGUUUGGUCUGUUUCCGACCCCCAAAACAGUGAGGACAAGCCAGAGAUUUUUGAGGAUACUGAGAGUGAGGAAGAUAUUUUAGAUGAUGGGGAUGAGGAGGAGGAAGAGCAAGAUCAUGAACCAGAACCAGAGGACGCUGUGAAACCUGAACCUGAGCUCAAGAAGCAUGCUGAAGUUCCUGUGGCACCAAAGGAAGCUGAACGGCAGCUCUCCAAAAAGGAAAGGAAGAAAAAGGAACUUGAAGAGCUUGAGGCUCUUUUAGCUGAUUUUGGAGUCGCACAGAAAGAAAGUAACGAUGGUCAAGGUCAAGAUGAGUCGCAAGGCGCACCUGAGGAUAAGAAAGAUGUUGAAGGGGAUGUAAAUGGAGAAAAGAAAGAAAUAGCUGUGGAGUCAAAGAAUGCCAAGAAGAAGAAAAAGAAGGAAAAAGCUUCCAAGGAGGUGAAAGAAUCCAACGGUCAGCACAGCAAUUCAGAAACAAACGUUGUGUCUGAUAUGGCCGAAAAUGCGGAGGAGGAUCCAUCUGUUGUUGAUGUGAAAGAGCGUCUUAAGAAACUUACUUCUAUCAAGAAGAAGAAAUCCAAUAAAGAAAUGGAUGGUGCUGCUAGAGCUGCUGCUCAAGAAGCUGCUGCAAGGAAUGCAAGGCUUGCUGCAGCAAAGAAAAAAGAGAAGAACCAUUAUAACCAACAACCUGUGCGGUAAAAGAAUCUUGCUCCUAAACAUCUAUCUAUACAGGAAUUUGUAUUUCUUGUCUAUAUGAUGAUGAUGAUGAUGAUGAUGCCGAAUAAAUAGUCGGGCUUUAGGCUCUGGUUACCCUAGCCGUACUCCAGUAGACUUGAUAUACUGUCUUAUGCUUUUUUGGGCUAGUGUUGUUUAAUUGUUAUAGACCAUUAUAUUUUGAGCACGGGAUUUUAUCUCUAAAAAUUACAAGAACUAUGUUUUGAAAAUCCCAUGGGACUAAGUUGUUGUGCAUUUGUUCUUAUGUCGUGGCUACUGCUGGUGCGAGUAGUUGAAGUUUAGUUUUGAAAGUGUUGUGUUGUGUACUACAGACAGAUUAAAAAAUAUUCUUCAAGAAAAUGUUUAGCUAUGAGAAGAGUCGAGAAAUCAUAGUAUCCUGUUUGGACAA